UCUUUGGUUUUUCUUUCGAUAAAUUCUCUUUCUUCUCAUACAAAUCGCCCAAUCUUCACCGCCCCUGCUGAACCCAGAAAUCUUAUACCCCGCCUCAUCUCUUCUAUUUUUUUCUGGACACACUCUUUUCGAAAGUCGUCCUCGCUGAGCGAGGCUUUUCGCCCUUCCAACCAACCUCGAUUUCCCACCCUCUCGACCCUCCUACAAUGGCCAGACUACUCCCCUUCCUUCUCAUCCUUCUCGCCUUCGCCCUCAUGAUCUGCCAGGCAGCCGGGGCGCCCACACCAACAGACGAAGAGCCAUCCCUGGUGGAUAGAACAGAGCACAACAUGUCGAAUGCGCAGAGACUGCGAAGAGGGAUGCCUCUGAGAAAGCCGGAUCACUACUUUGACGCCCGACUGGGUCCUCGAGCAGAGCCUUCGGCAGUCCCUUGAUUGUCCUGGCAUCGAGUGGCUAUAUACCUAUCACACUGUACAUAUAGUGGUACGUGAGCCGAAUCAUUGCAAGACAAAGGCGCUGACGAUCGAGCGAAAAGCUCACGACCAUGUUCAUGCCUGUUCCGCUUUCUAUAUACUGUCCCCCUUCAUCUGGUCUCCCUCUGCGGCCGUUGGUCAUUUUGCUUCCUUGAAGGAUGCUGUUCUAUCUAGUAGCUUUGUGCUCUGUAAGGAUGUAUGUAUGCACGAUAAUCUGAGUGC